ACGAACUGUUUACAUCUCGUUCGUCUUGUUAUUUAAAGUACAUAGGCUCGUCGAACCAGUCUCAUACUUGUUGAGACUUCUAUACGUUGUGGACCUGUGGAAAACUUUACAAAUAAAAUGGGUUCUCUGACAAUAGCGUUGUCUGUUUUCGCGGUUCUGUUGGCCAUUGGCUACUCAGAAGCAAGUGGCAGCUGCCCCGUCCCGUCUAAAGUCUACAGCUGCAGCCCAAAGUGCAAGGAGAAUUACGAGUGCAGCAACGGCAAGCUGUGCUGCAGGAACGGUUGCAAUGAGAAGUCCUGCGCCGAGCCUGUUGGUGGCUCGCAGGGGGCUGGCGGGAACAAGUAUGGAGCGGGUUCCAACAGCGGCAUAUACUGCAACAACCAGAAGUGCAGUCCGCAGGAAGUCUGCAAGAUGGACCCGUCCACUAAGCGCAUGAGAUGCGUGCGUUCUUAAACAUACGAUUU